CUGGAAAGAAAAGGAAGAAGACAGCGACACGUCACUGAGGUUAAAUUCAAGAGAAGAUGGCGAGCACUGCGGGUAGUUUUCGCCUGCACACCACAGCGGAAAAGUUCUACAUAGAGCAAAGUGAUGAUGACUCCGUGGAUGUCCUGGUCAUUGAUAGAGUAUCAACUGAGAUGUCACUCACUGUGAGGAGCGAUGUUCCUAUGUCAGCUGAAAGCAUGCCAAUAGGUGGAGUCAUGGGAACUAUUCGAUUGCCAGCAGGCAUGUACCUCAUAGUGAUCACAAAGAAGAUGAAGGUGGGAGACUUACUGGGCCAUGCUGUGUGGAAAGCUCUGAACUUUGACAUCAUUUCUUACAAAAAGACAGUAUUACACUUGAAUGAUGACCAGAUGCAAGACAACAAAACCUUUGUAUCCAUGAUCAGCAGUGUGCUUCAUACAGAUGGCCUCUACUUUGCAUCAGACUAUGACCUGACCCACAGCUUGCAGCGUCUGGCAAACACAAGCCCAGAUUUUCAAGACAUGAGUCUUUUGGAGAGGGCAGAUCAGCGCUUUGUUUGGAAUGGGCACUUGCUGCGGGAGUUUAUGACACAGCCAGAGUUGCACAGGUUUGUGUAUCCUGUUGUCCAUGGUUUCAUUACCAUUAACUCGAGCUCCAUCAAUGGAAAGGUGUUUGAGUGGAUUAUUAUCUCCAGAAGAAGCUGUUUCAGAGCCGGCGUCCGCUACUAUGUCCGAGGCAUUGAUUCAGAAGGCCAUGCUGCUAACUUUGUGGAAACUGAGCAAAUUGUGCAUUACAACAAUUACAAGGCUUCAUUUGUGCAGACCAGAGGCUCCAUCCCUUUCUAUUGGUCUCAAAGGCCCAAUCUGAAGUACAAGCCAAAGCCACAGAUCAGCAAAGUGGUUAACCAUUUAGAUGGAUUCCAGAGGCACUUUGACUCCCAGGUUGUUCUGUAUGGAAAACAAGUCAUUUUGAACUUGAUCAACCAAAAAGGUUCUGAAAAGCCUUUGGAGCUAGCAUUUGACAAGAUGGUAACCAGCUCGGGUAACAGUAUGAUCAAGUACAUAGCAUUUGACUUUCACAAAGAAUGUAGUCGGAUGAGGUGGCAUCGGCUUCAGAUCUUACUGGACAGUGUUUCUGAAAUACAGGAUGAAUUUGGAUAUUUUCUUGUGGACACUGAAGGGAAGGUACUGAUGAACCAAGAAGGUACAUUUCGGAGCAACUGCAUGGACUGUCUGGACCGUACCAAUGUCAUCCAGAGUCUGCUAGCCCGACGCGCCCUACAGUCACAACUGCAGAAAAUGGGACUUCUCCACCUGGGACAGAAGAUCGAAGACCAGGCUGAUUUUGAGAAGAUUUAUAAGAAUGCGUGGGCAGACAAUGCUGAUGCAUGUGCCAAGCAGUAUGCUGGAACUGGUGCCUUAAAAACAGACUUCACCAGGAUGGGCAAGAGGACUGUGUGGGGUGCUGUGAUGGAUGGCUGGAACUCUGCAAUCAGAUAUUACAAGAACAACUUUUCAGACGGCUACAGGCAGGACUCCAUUGACUUGUUCCUGGGGAACUAUGCUGUGGACGAAGCAGACUGGAUCACUCCACUGCAAGACCCUAAAGACUGGAAGUUUUUAACUCUGCCUAUCAUCAUGGUUGUAGCUUUCUCUAUGUGCAUCAUCUGUCUGUUAAUGGCUGGUGACACAUGGACUGAAACUUUGGCCUACGUUUUGUUCUGGGGAACAGCCAGCGUUCUGACAGGUGGCCUGAUCCUGUUCAAUGGACGGGACUUUGUGGACGCUCCCAAGCUGGUUCAGAAGGAAAAGUUGGACUGAAUGUGUGCGUGUGGAAAGCAGCUGGGCCCUGGCGACCUUAACAUGUCAUCACUUCCCCCCCACCAUCGCCAUCUGCAGGCCUGGAGCCUGUAUUAAACAUGACCAGAGCAGACGAGGAUGGUGACUACCACAACCAGCCCAGAGUGAAACAACUGGUACUGGAACUGGGAGAUUCUGCAGGGGUUCUGCUGCUGUCCACACGUAACCCGUUGUUGUGGACAGGACUGUGUGUCCACUGGUGUCCUAGUAGAAUCAUCAGUUAAAGGAAAAUGCUGAGCACUCACACAAAGUCCCUUUUUGUCUUUAUCUUUUUUGAGUGCAUUAAUAUCUGAUAACUGAAAAGACCACAUUGUUGUAAAUGAAUGACUUUUCAGAAUGUACAUUUUAUAUUUGCAUUUGUCAAAGCAUAGGUUAGAUAUUGCUGUUCAGCAGCUUUGUCAGUUUUUUGCCCUGGCCUGUUUCAAACUGAGUGUUAUAUAGCACCAAUUUAUGGAUGACUUGAUGCCUGUCAGUAAAGCAACCAUCUGUCAAUAAGAA